AUGAGAGUACUACAUUCUUAUGUUAAUUAUAUUAAUCAAUAUUUACCAGUGACUAAUCAUUGGCUUAUAUUGUUUAGUUCUAUCCCUGUUGCUUUAUCUACUGGUACUUUAUUUGUUUAUUCAAUUUAUUCAACUCAAUUAAUUGAUAAAUGUGAUUUAAAUACUUCGGAUUCUGCUAAUUUGUCAAUUAGUGCUACUUUGGGAACUGCAAUUGGUGCUAUAUUAGGUGGAUUUGUAACUGAUCAUUAUGGUACUCAAUUACCAAUGUUAAUUUCAUGUAUUUCAAUUUCAAUUGGUUAUUAUUGGGUGUAUUAUCAAUAUGAAUUAGGUAAACAUUCGAAUAUUUUUGCAUUAUUAACUGCUAUGUUCCUAGUUGGUAUUGGCUCAGUGUCAGGUUAUUUCAGUGCUUUGAAAGCUGUGACUGUUAAUUUUCCAAAUUUGAAAUCAACAGCUCAAAGUAUAACUAUUGCGUCUUUUGCCAUAAGUUCUUUAAUUUACUCUUUUAUAUUUUCAAAUUGGUUUCAUAGUGAUAUUCCAGGAUUUUUGAGAUUUUUAUCAUUAUCUAGUGGUAUUAUGAUAUUUAUCGGUUUUGUAUUUAUUAGAGUUGAUGGUCACUUAGAUCAUGAAGAUAUAAUUGAGAACCCGAAUGAGGUUACAGGAUUAUUGAAUACUCCAGAAACGUUACUAGCUCAUGUAGAUGACCUUGAAAACCCUCAUCAUGACAUUGUAACUGAUGAGUUACAAAAUUUGGAUCUUAAAGAUACGUUAACCCAUUCUAUAUUUUGGUAUCACUAUAUCAUAUUUGCAAUUGUACAAGGAUUAGGUCAAAUGUACAUUUAUUCAAUUGGUUUCAUACUAAAAGCUAUCCAUUAUUACUUUGAACAUGAAUUAGAUCAGGAUAAAAUUCCAAGUUUGAGUCAUUUACAAGCUAUUCAUGUUUCAAUAAUUGCAGUUACCUCAUUUUUAGGUAGAUUAUCACUGGGUCCAAUAUCAGACUUUAUGGUUUAUAAACUAAAUUCUCAACGUCAUUGGGUAUUAAUUAUUGGUUUGAGUUGUAUGUUCCUCGCUCAUUUCAUGUACUCAAUUGAUAUUAGAUUAAUUUCAUUAGAGUUUAUACAUGUUAGAAUAUUUCUAGUGGUGCUUUCAAGUAUGAUUGGUUUUGCUUAUGGCUUUUCAUUUACUAGUUAUCCUGCUAUCGUUUCUGAUAUUUUUAAUAUGAAGAAUUAUUCAGUUAUUUGGGGUACUACGUACUCAGCAACUACGUUAGGAUUAAUUUUAAUGACAAAAAUAUUUGGGUUCAUAUAUGAUAAAAACACAACUAGUUAUGAUAAAAAAUUGAAAGAUUAUGUUUGUGCAAAAGGUUCUGGAUGUUAUAAUGAGACAUUCUACAUUACUUCACUGUUUUGUUUAAUUGCAAUUAUUUUGGUUUUCGGGUAUAUUUUUGUUCAUAGAAAAAGAUAA